GAACGGCGAAAUUAUGAUUAUUGUAAUCAACCAAUGAUCAGAAUACAACGAUAGUUUUGACUGGUUGUUGUGGUAUAAAUAAGCGGACGGAAAGUCAGUUAGCAUAAGAAGAUGGUCUACUUCACAUACAGCCACGUAGCUGUCUCUCUCACUGUGAUCUCAUUUGCAGCCAUAAUUUCAGGUGAAUCGACGAAUGUAACUGUACUUGAAAGUUGGCUAAAUGAAACUCAACAUGAAAUAUCCAAAGCAGUUUCGGAACUCAAAGUCGCAGAAGGGAGAGUAAAAAAUAUUACAGACAAGAUUCUCAGUCAAGAUGCAAGCUUACGAGGAGAAAUAGAAGAUUAUAUGAACUGCCUGGAAACUGCAUACAAAUACAAAUGGGGAAAAACCACAUUUGACUAUAUCUCAGAACGUCUUCUGGACAAGAGUGAGGAAGAUUCAAAUGAUGAUAUGAUAACAUGUUACCUUCAAGAAGCCACAGUAUAUGAGGAAAAAAUGAAGGAGUUCCCUGUGGAAAAAUGUUUUGAAAAUCAACCUCCAGCGAAAGAAGAAGAUCUGGAGCAACUGAAAUGGCAAAUCGAAUCAGUAUUUUACUACAACUACUUGUUUAGCUCUGAAAUUUUUUACAAGAAUUUUUUCACAACCAAGUUGAAUAUAUUGAAAGGAAAUUGAAGAGAAGAAUCAGGAUGAAUGUUGGAGUCAGCGUACCACUGAAUGCAUGUCUAUUGUUGAAGCUUUCGUAGAUAUUUCAUUUUAAAUUAAAUUAAAUAAAUCACUUUUCUGCUACACC